CCCACAACCUGCCGGCCCGGCGUGGCGGCCCCGGAGUGCCCCCUCUCGGCUGUCGGGACCCGAGAUGGAGGUGGGGUCAGCCGGGCCCAGAGGGGGCGGGGCCGGGUCUGGACUGCCGGGCACUCAGGCUCCGAGGAGAGAAGCCGCGGCAGCCACUGCAGACGCGUCUCCCGAGCCGCCAAGCUGGAGCUGGAACUGGAAGCCAGUGGGGGCGAGGCCCCGGCUGCCGAGCGGCGGCUCCUGCACGGCCCGGGCCCCGCGGAGAUGGAGCCGGAGCCGGCGGUGGUGGAGGCGUCCCGGCGCAGCGAGCCGAGCGGGGGCCGGCUGCGCUGGUUCGUCACGGUGGUCCUGUGCGCCGCCUUCCUGGGGCUGGGAAUGAGUGUUGCUAUACUGGGACCCACAUUCCAAGAUCUGGCAAAAAAUGUGAACCGCAACAUCAGCAGUCUUUCUCUGAUUUUCGUGGGCCGUGCCUCUGGAUUUUUAGGUGGCUCUGUGAUCGGAGGAGUUCUUCUUGAUGCUCUGAAUCACUUUAUGCUUUUGGGGGUCUCAAUGUUGGCUACCACAGUUGGUCUUUUUCUUGUUCCGUUUUGUAAGACCGCAGUCUUGCUGAUCGUUAUGAUGUCUGUCUUUGGUUUUUCAACUGGCAUUCUGGAUACAGGUGGGAACGUCCUGAUCCUGGCUCUUUGGGGGGAUAAAGGAGCCCCACACAUGCAGGCCUUACACUUCAGUUUUGCCUUUGGCGCCUUUGUGGCUCCAUUGCUGGCCAAGUUGGCAGUCGGCACAACUGUGUCUGCUGAAAACCACACGGAAACCGACCUGAACCAUUCUGCACUCAUCCAGUCCUCUGGAGCUGACCCAGGCGCUCUGCUGGGAGUGCCUGAUGAUCUGAAUUUAUUGUGGACCUACGCUAUUAUCGGUACUUAUAUUUUUGUAGUUUCUCUCUUUUUUUUUGCCUUGUUUUUCAAGAAAAGCUCAAAGCAGGAAAAAGCUAAAGUGUCUGCCCAGAGAUCUCGAAGAGCUAAGUAUCACGUAGCUCUUCUUUGUCUCCUGUUCAUUUUUUUCUUUUUUUAUGUUGGAGCUGAGGUCACAUAUGGCUCUUAUGUUUUCUCCUUUGCCACCACCCAUGCUGGCAUGACAGAAAGUGAAGCUGCUGGGCUGAACUCCAUCUUCUGGGGCACCUUUGCAGCCGUCAGAGGUCUGGCCAUCUUUUUCGCUACAUGUUUGCAACCUGGAACCAUGAUUGUGUUGAGCAACAUUGGCAAUCUGAUCUCCUCUUUAUUGUUGGUGCUUUUCAGCAAGAACCGGAUUUGUCUCUGGGUAGCCACGUCAGUGUAUGGGGCCUCGAUGGCAACCACAUUUCCCAGCGGCGUUUCUUGGAUAGAGCAGUACACAACCAUCCAUGGGAAAUCUGCAGCAUUUUUUGUAGUUGGUGCUGCCCUAGGCGAAAUGGCUAUUCCUGUAGUCAUUGGAAUCCUUCAAGGAGAAUACCCAGACUUGCCGGUGGUCUUAUACACCUCAUUGGCAGCGGCAGUAGCCACUGCAGUUUUAUUCCCAGUGAUGUACAAAUUAGCCACCUUACCUCUUGAUCGUGAGCGAAAAGAACGCAGGAAGAGUGAGGACCAGAAAGCUUUACUGUCUAGCUCUGGGCUGAAUGACUAUGAGGAUGGGAAUGAAGAAGAUGAUGGAGAAAAGUGGAAUGAAAUGGAUUUCGAAGUGGUUGAAAUGAACAAUGGGAUGAUGAGUUCUGUCAUAGACACAUCUAAAAGAUCCUGAUGGCGCUGGCAGCUGACACGUCCAAGCAACACCACUCAGAUGCUUUGGUGUUGGGAGUCUGCCCCUUUAGUUAAUGUGGGCAGCACCGCUGUUAGCCACUUUGCAUGAAACCAGGACAGAAGGGACUUCUACUUAGAGAAGAUGGAUUAUUUAAUCUUCUUUGAGUUUUGGGGGGCCUCCUAAAAAGUUCUCAGGGAGCCCAGGGUGUACCCCUGGCUAGGCUCAGAGGACCAUAUGUACUGGCAGUGACACCUCCGGUCUCUGCCUGUCAGACGUGGCCUUCAGUUGUUGAGCCAUCUCUGCAGCCCAUUUACUGACUUCUUGGAAAUCAGCAGUUCCAAAGAAGCCAAAGCAGAGUGCUCAAUUUUAGCAUAAUAGAGUGAUCUAAAUUUCUAGGUCAGAAUAUAGCAACAGUAAAGAGAUUUAGGACAUUCUGUAUAUUUACAGAUGUCCACCAAGUACCUAAGGUUCUCCUACUAUGGUGUCUGAGUAGGUAAUAUUUUAGAUUUAUCACUCUCAGGUCAUUUAGGAAGGCAUUUAUAUUUGAGGUUAGGUACGAUUGGAUGAUAUCAUCUAGUAUAUGAAUCAAGCCAUAAAGUUUUCAUCAUCAGUGUUAUGGGAAAUCAUGAAGAAUUCACUUCCUGAAAGAGCAUCUUUGAAAGUGAAGAUUUUUUUUAAUUAAUUGUCAAAUCAGUAGCAUUGAACAAAGAAUGGUAAAGAUUUUCAUUUGGGAUUCUAUGAGGAGUAUAUAGAGCAAGACCCUCCCUAAAGAUGUGUUUUCAAGAUUUGAUUGUUAGUCACUAGCCUUCUGACUCUGCUCUCAGGCCACUAAAUUAGUGGGGGUUUCUUAAAAAAAAAAAAAAAUUCAUUUCCUGUAUGUGUGAGUCUGUCAACGAAAGCAGGAAAAUAUUCAAAAAGGCUUAGGGGCUGGCAUUUUCCUCAUGCAUUACUGACCUUGUUUCAAUCCCUAGCACAGUCCUCUAAGCCCUGUCAAGAGUGGUCCCUGAGCACUGCCAGAUAUGGCCUAAAAACAAAAGGAAGACAAAAUAUCCAAAGAAAAUCUAAGGUCCAUUAAUUUAAAAGUUUAUGCAAGUUGUCUACUAGAAAUCACUAUAGGUGCUAUAUUCAAAUGGAAUGUGAAAGAAAAUUGAUGACUGGAAGAAUGUAUUACAAUCAUGGUAGCAUUUUAGGAGACUCAUGUUAAUACUUUAUUUGAACAAUUAUCUGAAGAACAUUUUAGUACUGUUUUAAUUGAUCUUGGUAUGUACCUUUUUGGUGCUUUCAAAAUUUCUGAGAUGAGACUAUGUUUAAGAAUUAAAGAUAUUUUAUCACUUGUA